UUGCAAUGCCAACUUCACGUCCUACUUCACCCCAACUUUCUGGUCGAACCCUACACUAUCCUUAACAUUCUCGGGUCGCAAGGCUUGUUAUUUCAACACCAGGGUGAUGGUGAUAGACUUGCAAAGAUGGAGUGCGGAGGAUUACACCAGGAAGAUCGUAGAAUGGAUGGAGGUUCAAAAGAGGAUGAGGAUAUACGAGUUGGGAUCUUUGCCGCCGUUCUUGCUGGUGUUUGCAGGGAACAUGGCGUCGGUUGAUCAUAGAUGGAACCAACAUGGGAUCGGAGGAGACAAUUAUAGAGGAUUAUGUAGAGGUUUACAUGCUGAUCCGGCUAGUUUGUUGCAUUGGAGUGGGAAAGGUAAGCCGUGGGUGAGGCUCGAUGCUAAUAGGCCUUGUCCCUUGGAUGCUUUAUGGGCUCUUAUGAUCUUCUGCAAACAACCUCUGCUUUGGAGUCUUAGAUAUUUUUAUGCAUGCUAUUCCGAUAAAUCUAUUUACUCUUUUUAG